AUCCGCCUUUAAUGUCGUUGUCAUUAUAACCUGCGGUACUUCUGUUCUUUGAAGGGGAAGAAACAACUAAUUUUGAAAUCUUAUUCUUUGAAUCAUGAGCCGUUUUUUUGCAACUGGGUCAGACUCUGAGUCUGAUAGUGCUUCAGAGGAGGAACAGAUUCAAAGAGCACCAACUACAGCUUUUACUUUCAGUGAUGAAGAAGAAGAAACUAAGAGGGUAGUACGGUCAACAAAAGAAAAAAGAUAUGAGGAAAUUGCCAAUCUCAUCAAACUCAUAAGAAAUUACAAAAAGAUUAAAGAUAUGAGCAGCAUGCUGUCCAGUUUUGAAGAUUUGAUGCGUGCCUAUCAAAAGGCAUUAACUGUAAUAGCAAAGGAAGAAGGUGGUCAGACACCACGCUUUUAUAUUAGAUGUCUAGUAGAAAUGGAAGACUUUAUAAAUGAAGUAUGGGAAGAUCGUGAAGGACGCAAGAGUAUGUCCAAAAAUAAUUCAAAAUCAUUGACCUCAUUACGUCAGAAGCUUCGUAAAUAUAAUAAAGAUUUUGAAGAGGACAUAGCCAAAUUCAGAGAAAAUCCAGAUCAGGAUGAUGAUGAAGAGGAAGAGAAACCUGAAGAAGUUAUGGAAUCUGAAGAAGAGGAUGAUAGUGCAGUUGCUUUCAAAAAGGCAGGCUCUGAAGCAAGUGAACCAGAUAUAUCAAAGUUUAAGAAAAGUGUGGCUGAUGGAGAAGAAGGUAGUGAAAGUGAAUCUGACUGGGGUAGUUCUUCAGACACUGAAAGUACAAGUAGUGAGGAUGAAGGUCAAUAUCAAAACAUACGUGAACGUUUUAUCAAAAGAGUGACAGAUAAAGAGGAAGAAGAAGAUAAGGCGAAACGGAAAGAACAACGAAAGGAACGUAAAGAAAAGGAAAGAAAAAAGAAGAAAGACGAAGAUGAUGGAGAGGGUGAAUGGGAGACUGUUAAGGGCGGUGUGGCUAUUCCAUCUGAAAAGCCAAAAAUGUUUGCCAAGGAUGCUGAAAUUAAUGUGGCUGCUGUUUUGAAGAAACUUUCUGAAAUUAUCGCAGCACGCGGUAAAAAGCGUACGGAUAGAAGGGAACAAAUCGAACUUUUACACGAAUUGCAGUCCAUAGCUGAUACGCACAAUCUUGGACCAGCAGUAGCCGUGAAAAUUAAGUUUUCUAUCGUAUCUUCCAUUUUCGAUUAUAAUCCUAAAGUAUCAGAUGCAAUGAAACCUGAGUAUUGGUCAAAGAUAUUGGAACGUAUAACAGAAAUGCUCGACAUGUUGCUGAACACAAAAGAUAUGGUAAUUGCUGAGGUUGUGUCUGAAGAUUCAGAGGAGUUCGAAACACCUCCAUAUAAAAUACAUGGAUGCGUGUUAACAUUAGUGGAACGUUUGGACGAGGAAUUUACAAAAUUAUUGAAGGAAUGUGACCCACAUAGUAACGAAUACGUGGAAAGAUUGAAAGAUGAGAAACAAGUGUCUACUAUAAUAGACAAAGUUCAGGAAUACUUAGAAAGACAAAGAACUGUUUCCGAGCUUUGCCGCGUCUAUCUCCGUAAAAUUGAGCAUCUAUACUAUAAAUUUGAUCCUAAUGUUCUUAAACAGAAGGAGGGAGAACUCGGUCUUGAUAUUAUCACAUCUGUACAAGUUAUGGAGAAACUUUGUAAAUAUGUUUACGCUCACGAUGGAACUGACAGACUGAGAACUCGCGCGAUUCUUUCUCAUAUUUAUCAUCAUGCUCUCCAUGAUAAUUGGUUCCAAGCACGCGACCUCAUUCUGAUGUCCCAUUUACAAGAAACGAUUCAGCAUUCCGAUCCAGCUACUCAAAUUUUAUACAACAGAACCAUUGCUCAUUUAGGCCUGUGUGCUUUCCGUCACGCGAACAUCAAAGAUGCACAUAAUUGUUUAGUCGAUUUAAUGGUAACUGGUAAGGUGAAGGAACUGUUAGCGCAAGGUCUUCUUCCUCAGAGGCAACACGAACGUAGUAAAGAGCAAGAGAAGAUUGAGAAACAAAGACAAAUGCCUUUCCACAUGCAUAUUAACCUGGAACUUCUCGAAUGCGUCUAUCUAGUUUCUGCGAUGCUUAUCGAAAUCCCAUACAUGGCUGCACAUGAAUUCGACGCAAGGAGAAGAAUGAUUUCCAAGACGUUUUAUCAGCAGUUGAGGUCAAGUGAACGUCAAUCAUUAGUUGGUCCUCCAGAAUCAAUGAGAGAACAUGUUGUGGCUGCAGCAAAAGCUAUGCGUAAUGGAAACUGGCUGGCUUGUAAUAAUUUUAUUAUCAAUGAAAAGAUGAAUGCCAAAGUCUGGGACUUGUUCUACCAGGCAGACAAGGUUCGUGACAUGCUCACGAGAUUAAUCAAAGAAGAAGCAUUGAGGACAUAUCUAUUCACUUAUUCUCACGUCUACGAUUCAAUCUCCAUGCCAAAAUUGGCGGAAAUGUUUCAGUUGAAAAGACCAGUUGUGCAUUCCAUCAUAAGUAAAAUGAUCAUCAACGAGGAACUUAUGGCAUCUUUGGAUGAUCCCACAGAAACUGUUGUCAUGCAUCGUAGUGAACCCAGCCGCCUUCAAUCACUGGCGUUGCAGCUCACAGAUAAAGUGAACAACUUUGUCGAUUCUAACGAACGUAUCUUUGAAAUGAAGCAAGGAAACUUCUUUGCGAGAGGAAAUCAAGGGAACUUCCGCGACAGGCAGAACUACAAUCGGCAGGGACAAGAUUGGGGUCGUCAGAGACGCGAUCGUGAUCGAGAUCGUAACAGAGAGGAGAGUCGAAAUUAUUGAAA